AUGGUUCGCGCUUUUAAAAUCAAAGUUCCAGCUUCUUCUGCCAACAUCGGCCCUGGGUACGAUGUUCUUGGUGUCGGCCUUUCUCUAUUCUUGGAGUUAGAUGUCACCAUCGACUCCAGCCAAGCUCAUGAAACAAACGACGAUCCCAACAACUGCAGGCUCUCUUACACCAAAGAGAGUGAAGGUUAUUCCACCGUUCCAUUGCGUUCUGAUGCUAACUUGAUUACCAGAACUGCGUUGUAUGUGUUGCGUUGCAACAAUAUUAGAAACUUCCCCUCCGGAACCAAAGUCCACGUCUCCAAUCCAAUACCACUUGGCCGUGGAUUGGGUUCCUCUGGUGCAGCUGUCGUGGCAGGUGUUAUUUUGGGUAACGAAGUCGCCCAAUUGGGUUUCUCUAAGCAACGUAUGUUGGACUACUGUUUAAUGAUUGAACGUCAUCCAGACAACAUCACUGCUGCCAUGAUGGGGGGCUUUUGCGGUUCAUUCCUAAGAGACUUGACUCCACAAGAGGUGGAGAGACGUGAAAUCCCAUUGUCUGAGGUGCUUCCAGAACCUUCUGGUGGUGAAGAUACCGGUUUAGUUCCCCCACUGCCUCCCACCGAUAUCGGUAGACAUGUCAAGUACCAAUGGAAUCCCGCCAUCAAAUGUAUUGCCAUCAUCCCUCAAUUUGAGUUGUCCACCGCAGACUCCAGAGGCGUUCUUCCAAAGGCCUAUCCAACCCAGGACUUGGUUUUCAACUUGCAAAGGUUGGCCGUAUUGACCACAGCUUUGACUAUGGACCCACCUAAUGCAGACUUAAUCUACCCUGCCAUGCAAGAUCGCGUCCACCAACCUUAUAGAAAGACGUUGAUUCCAGGUCUCACGGAAAUUUUGUCCUGCGUCACUCCAUCCACCUACCCUGGCCUAUUGGGUAUCUGCUUGUCAGGUGCAGGCCCAACCAUCCUGGCUUUGGCCACUGAGAAUUUCGAAGAAAUCUCUCAAGAAAUCAUCAACAGAUUCGCCAAAAACGGCAUUAAGUGCUCCUGGAAACUACUGGAGCCUGCCUACGAUGGUGCUAGCGUUGAGCAGAAAUGA